AUGCCUUCCUUCACUGCCAUCUCCGCCGCCGCCAUCUUGGCCUUCUCUGGCAUGGCCUCUGCCAUCCCUCAGUACAACUUUGCCAAUGGCACCACCGCUUCGCCUGCUGCCUCCGGCCGUCCCGUUACCAGCAUGUCUGCUAGUGCUGGCCGCCCCGGUAGCAACUCUACCUCUUCCGCUGUCGCCGGUCGCCCUAGCUCCAACUCCACCGUCCCUACCCUCGACGGCAAGUUCUGCCCUGGCCUCGACCUCUCGCUCUACAUCGACAGAUCGGGCUUCACCUUCGAGAUCGAGUGCGACACUAACCACUUCGGCACAAUCAUUGACAUCCAGGUCAACCUCACCAGACGUGCUGUCCCCUCCAGCCUUGACGACUGCAUGAACCUUUGCGAUUCCACUGCCGGAUGUGUCGGCACUGCAUUCGACACCAACGCUCGCUCCUGCACUCUCUACAGCGAUGUUCAGGCCGCCUACGCUCAGCAGGGCAUCCAGUUCGCCCAGCGCGUCGCCAACGGCAACGGAGCCGGCAAUGGCGCUGGUGCUGGUAACGGCCAGGAUGCUACCACAAUCCCUGCUGGCGGUCUCCUGACUUCGACAAUUUACUCGACCAACGUUGUUACAAUCCAGUCGUGCGCUCCUACUGUUACCAACUGCCCUCUCAAGAACGGCCAGGGCGCUGUUGUCACUCAGGUUCAGGCCGUCUCUGAGACUGUCUACGUCUGCCCUACCCAGACUGUCAUCCCCGCCGCUCCCAUUGCCUGCAACAACUGCCCUUACACCACUUCCACCGCCACCGUCUUCUCGGCCACUGGUGGAUCUAUGGUCCCAGUUUCGACCACUGUCUACCAAUGCCCCCAGGCCACCGGAACUGGAGUUUCCACUAUCACCACCACAGUCUGCACCGCCUGUGCUGCUAACCCUACUGCCAACAUGAACAACGGUAACGGCAACAGCGCUGUCACCUCCACCGUCACUCUCUGCAACGGCGAGAACUGCCCUGCCACCGCCACUGGUGCUUCCACUAUGGCCUCGUCCACUUCCAUUAUGGCCGUGUACACUCCCACCACCUCCCAGAUGGCCAUGUUCACUGGUGCUGCCUCCAACGUCCAGGCCGGCGCCAUGGGCUUCGCCGCCAUGUUCGGUGCUGCCGCUCUCGUCCUCUAA